CUCGCCCCGCCAGCCUUCCUCACGACACGCCAAUAUGAACGAGAUCUACCAGGAGCGUGAAUGCACUUGCUUAGCUCGCUUUCGGUCAGACGAUGACUUAAAUGACCAUAUUGAGGAAUAUCGAUCUCGAGAACGCUAUCACUUCAUCGAGGCCGAACGAUGUCGAACCCACGCGAGAGCCAGUGACGAUGAUGAUCAAGGAGUUCCCGGAAAUGGGCCAUACAACAAGGGUGGCGAGUCGGCGUUCGAAACUUUGAUACACCCUCGAAAAUCGCGUGUUUGUCCUCAUCCGUUAUGUCACAGACAACCACCCUAUGGAUCGAGGCUAUCACUUCGUCGGCACUUUCUAUGCCAUGUAGAGAUCGAUGAAGUGUGCGUGGGUUGUCGCGAGAGUUUCACACUGGCGAAUCAGUUUGUGAGACAUAUAGAACUGCGCAACGACGAACAACACAACAAUCUAUGCAAGAGAAAGGCCACAUAUAUAAGGGACACGUGUCAAGACUUGCGCGACUUGGCUGACAAAGACCUAGAGGCUUGGGAGAAAGGAUCGAAGAGGCCGUUGGCCAGCUUAGGACCACGACCUUCACGGCGUCCCAAGUUGGACCGCCCUGAUGUAACACACAGCUUCCCCAUUCAAAACGCCAAUGGCGCGCCCUACCAUGCACAGCUGGAUACGUCGUUGAUGUCGAUCUCCGAUGGCCUCGUGGAUUCUACCAUUCCACAAAUUCCCUGCGACUCUAUGGAUGGGACGACUGGUGCUCUAGCUCCGAUCUUCCUGGCUGUGAAUUAUCCGCAAUUCAACGGUGGAGACCAAGGCAGCGAAACUGUAGCUUAUCAGGAAUAG